UAUCUCGUAUGAAUAACCUAAACACCAAAACCAGAACCUAAACGGCUAAACCUAAAACCACAACACCGAGGAGGAGACGAAGAACAAAAUUCAAUUCCCAAUUUAUUUAGAAUUCCAUUAUUAUUGUAUAAUUGGUCGAUGCUUCUAUCUUAGAAGCGCUAAUCUUUUGUUAAAUGCUUUGUUUCUCUCACAUGUCUUCUUCAGUACUCUCUGUUUGCUCUGUCAACUCUGCGACUAGGUUUCCUCAUCAAACCUUAAUUUUUCCUAUGCACUUUCUUCUUUAUUUUACACCCAAAAUAUUUUUAUCCUUAGUUUGAGAAUUUCUUGGAUUUACUUUCGAACAUGAGUGACCCCUCCAAGGUGUUAUUGUUUGGGUCAUUCACAGAAGAUGAAACUAGGUCUUUGCUGAAUCCAAAUUCUACCGGUUCAGAAAAGCCAGUGGGAAAUACAGAAUCGCGAGUCAAUUCCCCAAAGCUGGUGCCUGUGUUGACUUUUGGUAAUUUUAGUGGCAUCGAUAACAUACAGUUUGGCUUCCCAAAUAAGCCUGAAGGCUCACAUCUCUCUGAAGCUUCACAUUCCUCUAAUAUCCAAAAGGGAAAUGAAGUUUUGGCAACAAAAACGGCUGGAGAUAACUUGUCAAAAAAUCAUAAAGAAAAUGGAACUAUUGGGAAAUCCGUUCAUUCUUGUAAUAAUGGAAAUGAGGCAGUAAUCGAUGACAUCGCUUUUACCAGAUUACAUGUAUCUGACAAUGAGAAUGGGACAAUAAAAUCCCCUAGCUUGAAAUUGAAUGAUGAAGAAGCCCACUGGAAGUUAAAAGGGACUGCUAACAAUUCCUCAGUUGAAGCACAAUCCGAGGCCAAUUUUAAGGAGGAUGGACCUGUUUUAGGUGUGAUAGAUUUACUACCUCGAGGCCUAAUCAACUCUGGAAAUUUAUGCUUCCUUAAUGCAACAUUACAGGCACUUUUGUCCUGUUCUCCAUUUGUUCAACUUCUGCAGAGACUAAGAACUUGUAACAUUCCAAAGGUUGGCUAUCCAACAUUAACUGCAUUUGUCGAGUUUAUUGGUGACAUCAGCAUUUCAGGAAGGCCAAGUUUCCUUGACAUGCCUAAGGGUUCCAGGAUGGACAGGAAAGAUUCUACUACUGUUCUUAAAAUGGGCAGUUCGAUCUGUCCCUCUAUGUUUGAACUGGUACUGAAGAACUUUACUCCUGAUGUGGUCAGCACCAUUUCAGGAAGGCCAAGACAAGAAGAUGCACAAGAAUUUUUAAGUUUCAUCAUGGAUCAAAUGCACGAAGAAUUGCUGAAGCUUGAGGGGCAACCUAAUUUGAAUGGAAAAAAAUCAUCUUUUGUUUCUACACCCGAGGACGACGAGUGGGAGACAGUUGGCCCGAAGAAUAAAUCUGCUGUUACAAGAACGCAAAAUUUUGCUCCCUCAGAGCUCAGUUCAAUUUUUGGGGGACAACUGCGUAGCGUAGUCAAGGCAAGAGGAAACAAAGCCUCUGCCACUGUUCAGCCAUUUCUUUUGCUCCAUCUAGACAUUUCCCCUGAAGCUGUGCAUACCAUUGAAGAUGCUCUCCACUUAUUUUCUGCCCCGGAAACACUUGAUGAGUACCGGACUAAGGGAAAGGCUGGAGUUGUGACGGCCCGAAAAUCUAUCAACAUACAAUCACUUCCCAAGAUAAUGAUAUUACAUCUGAUGCGUUUUCGUUAUGGAAGCUCUGGAAGCACUAAGUUACACAAGGCAGUGCACUUUCCUCUUGAACUAAUGCUAAACCGUGAUCUGCUUGUUUCCCCAACCACUGAGGGCCGAAGAUAUGAACUUGUAUCGACCAUAACCCACCAUGGCAGUGAAGCCUCAAAAGGGCAUUAUACAGCUGAUGCUAUUUACCCUGAUGGCCAAUGGUUACGGUUUGAUGACGCAUCAGUGACUGCAGUUAGCACCAGCAAAGUGUUGCACAACCAGGCUUAUGUUCUCUUCUAUAAACAAUUAUAAAGACAAGAAGUUUCAUCCCAAAAUUCUCUAGAACGAGUGUGGUGUUAACAUGAAACGGAGACAAUUUAAGUGGAAUGGUUUCCACAAACUGCUUUUGCCUCCCUCAAGCAGAGUUCCUCCAAAUCUGAAUGUUCUUAUUGGUCGAGAGUUGCUGUAUCGGUUAGGGUCAACAACAGACAAUCUAUGGGAAUUUUGUCACUUAAUUUUGAUUUUUUUUUGUCAUUUUUAUGCUAUGCUAUUUUUGUCAGCCUGGUGACUGGAUAUGCUUGUGUGGAUAUUCAACUUUUUGUAUGGUACAUGCUCUUAUGCAAGUUUGUGAAAUAGAAAGUGUAAGAUAAUAGGGAAUGUUAAUUAUA